AUGGCUGCUAACAGCUCUGUACAAUGGCUCUACGACUUCCAGCUUCACGUCUUCAAUUACAAUACGCAUGAGAAGGUCACCGUGUUCGAGGCUCACCCUGAUUAUAUACGAUGUCUCACCGUGCACCCAACUGCAAGCAUCGUGCUCACUGGAAGUGAUGACAUGAAUAUCAAAGCUUGGAAUUGGGACGAGCAGUGGAAAUGUAUUCAGGUCUAUGAAGGACAUACGCACUACAUCAUGAACAUCACUUUCAACCCCAAAGACUCAAAUACUUUCGCAUCUGCUUGUCUUGAUCGGACCAUCAAGAUGUGGUCCCUUGCCUCCCCUACAGCAAACUUUACCAUGGACACGCAUGACAAAGGCGUCAACUAUGUCAACUUUUACCCUGGCUCGGAUAAGCCAUACCUCAUCACGACAGGUGACGACCAGGACUAUCAAGAUUUGGGACUACCUCAGCAAAAGCUGCGUGCAAACGAUGGAAGGACACACAAGAUCAAGGAGAUUCGGUACCACAGAGAUAUUUGCGACAGCACUGCUACACUCAGCUGA